AAAGAGAGAGAGAAGGCAACGCUGAAGCAGACUCGAGUGAGCGGCUCGGGGAGCGUGUGAGAGACCGAGGCUGAUCAGAGCUGCGCGUGCAUGCGUGCCGGUGCCCAUGAUGGAGCUGAAGGACAGUUGUGCCAGCGAGGGCAGCCAUGAAACUGAAAGUGCUGGCACAGGCAACCUAUCAGGCCACUUGUCCUGGCACUUGUUUGCCCAGCGCAGCACGCUACACGGACUGCGCUAUGUUUUCCCACAUCGUCGUUCCUCAACACUGCGACGUGUGCUCUGGACGGCAGCUCUAUUGGCCUGUCUUGGUGUCCUGGCACUGGAGGGUGCGGAGCGCAUAGCCCACUUUCUAUCAUAUCCACACGUGGCUAGCGUUGGCGCCGUGCCCGCGACGAGCCUGGUGUUCCCUGCUGUCACCGUGUGCAACCUGAACGCCUACCGCUUCACGCGGCUCACCCGUAACGACCUGUACCAUGCAGGAGAACUGCUGGCACUGCUGGACGUGCAUCUGCAUGUGCCCGAGCCACAGCUGGCCGAGCCCCACGUGCUCGACUUUCUCGCAGAGCGCGCCAAUUUCAGUGGCUUUCGGCCCAAACCGUUUAGCAUGCGAGAGUUCACCGAGCGCGUCGGUCAUGACCUACACGAGAUGAUGCUUUACUGUCGCUAUGAGGGCCAGGAAUGCAGCCACCGGGACUUCAAAACCUUUUGCUGAAUUUUUUCCUGGAAAACGGGGCCAUGUCUAUGAUUGUCCGCACAUGUGAGGAGAAAAUGUUCCUGCAGUGACGGC